AUGAGAGCAGCUCAAAUCUCGGAGAUAGUCAAGAAGACUGUCCCCGAGAUCCAAGAUAACGAAGUUCUCGUCAGAGUACAUGCCGCUGGAUUUCGCCACUCAGAUCUUCAGGUCCUCCAAGGGCAGUUCGAGAUUGGCAUAAGGGAGAUCGUGUUGGCGUGCUCAACUUCACAUUGCGCUGGUUGCAAUCUCACACGGCGGACCACCAAGCGGCUUGAUCCUAGGUUCUGCGACAAACGGGAGACGGCCGGCUUCCAUCAUGAUGGCGCGUUUGCAGACUACAUGGUUGCUGACCCUGAUACAAUAGUUCGUCUUUCCCCUUCUCUCUCCAUGGAGCAAGCCGCGCGGUUAAUGGGGCCUUGGACAUCUGAGCGUUCAAUUGACUUGACAAACGGCGAAGGAGUUGCCGCCACCGUGGUGUGUACCGACGCCGGCGCGGCCAACGACUUCGCGCUCAAGAUAUUACGAGUACGGGGUGUGAUGGGCGCUCUCGGCUUACUGGCUAAUGGCUGGCACUUUGAUUCCAGUGCGGUUGUCUUCAAAGAAAUCACAAUUCGGGGAACCUAUGUUGCCAGCAGACAGGCCCCCGAGAGAAUGAUGGGAGUACUCCAGACAGCGGGCGUAAGAUCACACGCCACAAAGGUACCCUUUGAGGGAAUUCCUUAA